CCGCGGGGACCCAGUCCUCCUCAUCCCAUAGGCAGAGCGACCCUCCCGCCUCCCUGCCGGCUUCUUCUUCGCCCCCGCCCGUUCGCUUUCAAAGUUUACUCCGGGCUGGGACCCGCGGCGGAAGCGAACCAUGGCUGUCUACCUCGGGAUGCUGCGUCUCGGGAGGCUGUGUGUCGCGAGCCUGGGGGCGCGGGGGCCCCGGACGCCGCUCUCUCGACCUUGGCCGAACUCGAAGUUGCAGGGUGUCCGCGCUUUCAGUUCUGGAAUGGUGGACUGUACCAACCCCUUGCCCAUCGGCGGCCUCAGCUACAUCCAGGGCCACACUGACUCCCAUCUUGUGAACAAAACUGUGGGCGAAUGCCUUGAUGCCACGGCGCAGAGGUUCCCCAACAGAGAGGCUUUGGUUAUCAUCCAUGAAAACAUCAGGCUGAACUUUGCACAGCUCAAGGAGGAGGUGGACAGAGCUGCUUCUGGUCUUCUGAGUAUUGGUCUCCGAAAAGGUGAUCGGCUGGGUAUGUGGGGACCCAACUCCUAUGCGUGGGUGCUCAUUCAGCUGGCCACUGCCCAAGCAGGCAUCAUCCUGGUGUCUGUGAACCCAGCCUACCAGGCCUCAGAACUGGAAUAUGUCCUCAGAAAGGUAGGCUGCAAAGGUAUUGUGUUCCCUAAACAAUUCAAGACCCAGCAGUACUACAACAUCCUGAAGCAGGUCUGUCCUGAGCUAGAAAAGGCCCAGCCAGGGGCCUUGAAGAGUGAGAGGCUCCCAGACCUGACUACAGUCAUCUCAGUGGAUGCUCCUUUGCCGGGGACCCUGCUCCUGGAUGAAGUGGUGGCAGCCGGUGGCAAGGAACAGAACCUAGCCCAGCUGCGGUACCACCAGGGGUUCUUGUCCUGUUAUGACCCCAUCAACAUCCAGUUUACCUCGGGGACAACUGGAAACCCCAAGGGGGCCACUCUUUCCCACCACAACAUCGUAAACAACUCCAACCUGAUUGGCCAGCGUCUGAAGAUGCCCGCGAAGACUGCAGAGGAGUUGCGCAUGGUCCUGCCCUGCCCCCUGUACCACUGCCUGGGCUCCGUGGGGGGCACAAUGGUGUCUGUGGUGCAUGGUGCCACCCUCCUCCUGUCUUCUCCAAGCUUCAAUGGCAAGAAGGCACUGGAAGCCAUCAGCAGAGAGAAAGGCACCCUCCUAUACGGCACACCCACGAUGUUUGUGGAUAUUCUGAAUCAGCCAGACUUCUCCAGUUACGAUUUCACGACCAUACGUGGAGGUGUGAUUGCCGGGUCCCUGGCACCCCCGGAAUUGAUUCGAGCCAUCAUCAGCAAGAUGAACAUGAAGGAGCUGGUGGUUGUUUAUGGAACCACAGAGAACAGUCCUGUGACCUUCAUGAACUUUCCCGAGGACACCCUGGAGCAGAAGGCUGGAAGUGUAGGCAGAAUUAUGCCUCACACGGAGGCCCAGAUCGUGAACAUGGAGACCGGGGAGCUGACCAAGCUGAACAUGCCUGGAGAGCUGUGCAUCCGAGGGUACUGCGUCAUGCAGGGCUACUGGGGCGAGCCACAGAAGACCUUCGAAACGGUUGGGCAAGACAGAUGGUAUCGGACAGGGGACAUUGCCUCCAUGGAUGAGCAGGGCUUCUGCAGGAUCGUGGGCCGAUCGAAGGACAUGAUCAUCCGCGGUGGUGAGAACAUCUACCCUGCAGAGCUGGAGGACUUCUUCCACAAGCACCCACAGGUGCAAGAAGCGCAGGUGGUUGGGGUGAAGGACGAUCGGAUGGGGGAGGAAAUCUGCGCUUGCAUUCGGCUGAAGAGCGGAGAGACCACCACGGAGGAGGAGAUCAAAGCUUUCUGCAAAGGAAAGAUUUCCCAUUUUAAGAUUCCCCGAUACAUCGUGUUUGUGGAAGGCUAUCCUCUCACUGUCUCAGGAAAGAUCCAGAAAUUCAAACUCCGAGAGCAGAUGGAACAACAUCUAAAACUGUGAAGCAAAGGAGGGCCCUCCCAGCCCUCCCAGAGCCCCUCAGUCCUCCCACACAAAGGAGGAUCCUCCCAGACUUUCCCAGACCUCUAACACAAAGGAGAGCGGUCCUAGCCCUUCCCAGCCUGCCCAGGCCUUCCUCAAUCCUCCCACACAAAGGAUCCUCCCAUACCCUUCCCAGCCCUCCCAGAACCUCUCCGUCCUUCCACACAAAGGAGGGUCCUGGGUCCUCCUCAUGCCGCUUGUCAUCUUUGCGACUUGGCAUAAAGAGUGUUCCCUGUUUGGCCAGUGUCUGGCUGCUGUGCUCUCUCUGUAGCUCCUGUGGGAUAGAGAAGGGAAGAGACAGGAGGGCAGCCAGCUCCUUCACACCUAAUCUCACAGCGUUUUGCUGUGCAUUAGUUACUUAAUCUAAGCCCCACUCUGACCUCUUGAAAUUCCAAGCCACCCCCAUUUUUUCUGCUGCCUUUCUUUUUCUUUCUCUCUCUCUCUCUCUCUCUCUCUCUCUCUCUCUCUCUCUCUCUCUCUCUCUCUCUCUCUUUCUUCUUUCUUUCUUUCUGUUUUUUGUUGUCUUCCCGUGAGACAGGACCUCACUCUGUGCCCCUGGUUGUACAGGGUAGAUCAGGCUGGUUUUGAACUCACGGAGUUCUCAUUGCCUCUGGAGUGCUGGGAUCAGUCCUUUGUGCUACCAUGCCUGGUUUUUGCAUGCUUUACUCAUUUGAUCAUUUUUUCAAAUCGUUGCCACAGAUCAGUCCUGAAAUAAGUGUUCGGUUUUGCUUCUUUGUUUCCUGAGGCUGGGAAUCCUAAAGCCCCUCAUGAAUAGAUAAGGACCUUCCCACUGGCCUACACUCCCGGCCCAAUAAUUAUUGAUUUUUUUUUUAAAUAACAGUUUUGAGUGCUGGAGAGGGGGCUCGGUGGUUGAGAGGACUGGCUGCUCUUCCAGAGGAUUCGAGUUGGAUUCUCAGCACUCUUUUUGGCAGCUCACAACUACCUUUGAGUCCACCUCCAGGGGAUUGACGAUCUCUUCUGGCCUUCCAGACCCCUCCCCCCCCAGCACGUGGUAUAUGCUUACAUAGACGUAUGCAAAUAAAUAAAAAUAAAUCCAUAAACUAGCA